AUGCAUCCGACAACCACAACCGUUGGAACAACAACGGUAACCGCAACACCCACAACCACUCUACCUCCGACCCGUACACAAGAAGACCCCAAUCCCUGUGUGACCCUGCUUUCACGUCCUGGUUUCGUCGGUCCUGCAUCGGUUGAUACCCAUUCCGUCCCAACUGAGGAUGCAUUGAGCCGACUGGCUCACUGGUCCAAUGCAUUGUCCACUGCGCCUCCCUCCGUCGUGAAUGCGUUUCAACACGCUCUGGCCCAAAUGGCCGUACUCGGCCUUUCUUCCCCUACCCCGACCGAACCGGUCGAAUUGAAACAGACCCGUAACGAGGCGCAAAACAAUGUGAUGAUGAUGAUGAUGAUGAACCCGGCGACGGCGACCGCGACCGCGACGGCGAUGACGAUCAGUGCGUCCAACGUGACGGCGUCAGCAGCAACAACAACAACAACAACAACAACAACCACAUUAGUAACUACCACAGGUGCAAGUGAUAUCAGUGUGGAGGCAAUAAAUCUUUCGUGUAACAGUGCACUAAUGGAUUUCGAACCGAGUUCUGUGAAAAAUGGAACAUCUCACGGUUCUGUACCGGAGUCCGUGUAA